AUGCAGUUAAUAGCCCGUGAGUUGGAUAAAUUGGUCAUUGCCCAGACCGGGCUUUUGGCCCAACGACGACUGGCGAGAGGAGUGAAAUUAAACUAUCCCGAAGCUACGGCGUUGAUCACAAAUGUACUGCAAGAAAUGAUGCGAGAUGGCAAGCACGCCGCAUCAGAGCUCAUGUCUAUCGGGAAACAUAUCCUUGGCCGCCGACAUGUCCUUCCGCCCGUGAUAACAAUUCUCACAGUACUGCAGAUUGAAGGAACCUUUACGACAGGAACGCAUCUAGUUACUGUCGAUCAACCCAUCAGCAGCGAGAAUGGCGAUAUCGAGCUGGCGAUGUAUGGGAGUUUCCUGCCCAUUCCACCAGAGAGCUUAUUCCCCUCAUAUCCAGAAUCCGAGUAUGAGCCUUUGAAGAUGCCUGGAGCAAUCUCACCUGGUGAAGGAAUGAUCGAGCUCAAUCCCGGCAGAAAGCGAACCCAAUUGAAGGUUACGAACAAGGGUGAUCGGCCAAUUCAGGUCGGCUCUCACUUUCACUUCAUUGAAUCAAACCCGGAGCUGGAUUUCGACCGAAUUAAAGCCUAUGGCUAUCACCUUGACAUCCCAGCCGGGACUUCGACUCGUUUCGAGCCAGGCGAUAUCAAGACCGUGAAUUUGACACAGAUCAGUGGUCUCAAAACUAUUAAGGGGGGAAGUAGUAUUGCGACUGGAACUAUUGACCUGUCGCAUACCAAUGCAGUACUGCAACGUCUCCAGGAGGAAGGCUUCCGACACAGUCCCGAGGAGGUGCCCAUUAAUAUACAAAAGAUAGAGCCAUACAAGAUGGAUCGACUUUCGUAUGCCUUGAUAUAUGGUCCGACAGUCGGUGACUCGGUCCGUCUCGGCUCAACAGACCUCUGGGUGAUGAUUGAAAAGGACUACACAGCACACGGAGACGAAUGUACAUUUGGAGGCGGUAAGACUUUGCGCGACGGAAUCGGACAAGCUGCUGGUCGUGCAGAUGAUGAGUGUGCGGAUCUGGUUUUGGUCAAUGCAUUAGUCAUUGACUGGACUGGCAUCUUCAAAGCUGAUGUUGGAGUGAAAGACGGCGUCAUUGUGGGGAUCGGAAAGGCGGGUAAUCCUGAUGUGAUGGAUAAUGUGAACCCGGCUCUGGUGAUUGGAUCCAACACGGACAUCAUUGCCGCAGAGGGGAAAAUCGUUACUGCUGGUGGUAUCGACACCCAUGUUCACUUUAUCUGUCCACAACAGGUUGAAGAGUCUAUCUCGUCGGGUAUCACAACCAUGUUUGGAGGAGGCACUGGUCCGAGUACGGCCUCUGUUGCCGCCAAUUGCACCCCGAGCAAGACCUAUAUUCGACAGAUGAUGCAAGCGUUAGACAAGCUGCCAGUUAAUUUUGGCGUCAUUGGAAAAGGCAGUGAUACUGGCAAGCCAGGUCUUCAUGAUCAGUGUAAUGCAGGUGUAGCUGGCCUCAAGCUGCAUGAAGAUUGGGGAUGCACUCCCUCAGCAAUUGACUCUUGUCUGAGUGUCUGCGAAGAACACGACAUUCAGUGCCAAAUUCACAGCGACUCUUUGAACGAGUCCGGGUUUGUCGAGCGAACGGCAGCUGCAUUCAAAGGAAGGACGGUCCACGCAUAUCAUAUCGAAGGAGCUGGUGGCGGACAUGCGCCUGAUAUGAUUUCUCUCGUACAGCACGCCAACGUCCUUCCUAGCAGUACCAACCCAACCAAGCCAUACACCUGCAACACAGUAGACGAGCACCUCGAUAUGGUGAUGUCCUGUCACCAUCUAUCGAAGAACAUUCCCGAAGAUAUUUCCUUCGCAGACAGCCGAAUUCGGGCGGAAACAAUUGCUGCAGAAGAUGUCCUCCACGAUACCGGUGCGAUCAGCAUGAUGUCAUCUGACUCUCAGGCAAUGGGGCGAUGUGGAGAGGUAGUUCUUCGCACUUGGAAUCUGGCUCAUAAAAACAAGGUAGAGCGUGGCCCGUUGCCUGAGGAUGAGGAUACUGGAGCGGAUAAUCACCGAGUCAAGCGGUAUGUCAGCAAAUAUACCAUCAACCCUGCCCUGGCACAGGGAAUCAGUCACGUUGUGGGCAGUGUUGAGGUUGGCAAAUUAGCCGAUCUGGUGAUCUGGGAACCUGCAAGCUUUGGCACCAAGCCAUUCCAAGUUCUUAAGAAGGGAUUUAUUGCUUCAGCUCAAAUGGGUGAUCCAAACGCAUCGAUCUCUACUGUUCAGCCGAUAAUUGCACGACCGAUGUUUGCGCCUCUUCUACCCUCAAGUAGUGUGAUGUUUGUUUCCAAGGCCGGCAUGGAGAACGGUUCCGUUAAAUCCUACGGCCUGAAAAAGCAGAUUGAAAUUGUGAAGAAUACUCGCACGGUCACCAAGCUUGACAUGAAAUUCAACAAUGCCACGCCGAAGAUGGAGGUUGAUCCCGAAGCCUUUACCGUUAUGGCCGACGGACUGCACUGUAACGCAGAUGCGGCUACAUCGCUUCCACUUACGCAUCAAUAUUUUAUAUACUAG